AUGCCCAAGCUGUUGCCGGCGCAGGAGGCCGCGCGGAUUUAUCACACCAACUACGUGAGGAACGCGCGGGCCAUGGGGGUGCUCUGGGCCCUCUUCACCCUCUGCUUCUCCAUCCUCAUGGUGGUGACCUUCAUCCAGCCCUACUGGAUCGGCGACAGCAUCGACACGCCGCAGGCCGGCUACUUCGGCCUCUUCUCCUACUGCAUCGGCAACGCGCUCACCGGCGAGCUGAUCUGCAAGGGCAGCCCGCUCGACUUCGGCACCAUCCCCUCCAGCGCCUUCAAAACGGCCAUGUUCUUCGUGGGCAUCUCCACCUUCCUCAUCGUCGGCUCCAUCCUCUGCUUCAGCCUCUUCUUCUUCUGCAACGCCGCCACCGUCUACAAAGUCUGCGCCUGGAUGCAGCUGGCGGCAGCCACCGGCCUCAUGAUCGGCUGCCUCAUCUACCCCGACGGCUGGGACUCGGCCGAGGUGAAGCGCAUGUGCGGGGACAAGACGGACAAGUACACGCUGGGCGCCUGCACCGUGCGCUGGGCGUACAUCCUCUGCAUCAUCGGCAUCCUCGACGCCCUCAUCCUCUCCUUCCUGGCGUUCGUGCUAGGGAACCGGCAGGACAACCUCCUCCCGUCCGAUUUCAAAGUGGAAAAUAAAGAAGAAGGCAAUGAGUGACAGCGCUGAUCGCCACGGAGCUUUGAACUUAUCAGCUUCUGUGGAUUUUCUGCAGCUGCUCUGUUCCCGUAAGGGGCCACUCUCCACUCGCAGCUCCCGGUUUAUCUGAUGGGAAAAGCCCAGCUGAACUGGACACAGGUUGUGGAGUCCAUCAGCAACCCUGGGGAAAGGGGGAGGGAAGGGGACGCAAUUUGCUUCUUCUCGGGGUUUGUACAC